AUGAGUGCCAAAAACUCGCAUGAUGCUUCAUUAGAUAAUGUGACGUUACGGCUCAUUCUAGUUAGUGGUCGGACACAUGAAUUUUCAUUCACACCUCAAACAUCAGCACAUGAUGUUACGUUGCGAGUUUUUGAGCAAUGGCCAUCAGAAUGGCUGGAUGAAAAAGUAGAGUCAGCUUCCAUGUUGAAGCUUAUCUACCAUGGCCGAUUCCUACACGGAUCCGUUACUCUGGGAGCUCUUCAGCUUCCGUCUGGUAAAACGACCGUCAUGCAUUUAGUUACAAGGGAAAACUUACCGGAGCCAAAUUCUAGUGAUUCACUUGCUAAAAGGAAAAGAGGCGGUUGCUGCCGAUGUGCAGUUUCAUAG